UCGAUAAGUUGUUAUGGUAGCUGACAAAAGCUGGCCUUUGUCUGCCUUCUCUUAUCGUUUUCGUUGCAAUAAAGCGCGUGUGUAAUUUAAAAUUUAAAUAUUUAAAAAAAUUCUACGGAGGUCGGUUCAAAAUAGGUAUCCCAGUUAAAUAAACGUGUUAUUUAAAUUCGAAAACAUUUAAAGUGGUCGCAAAUCAAAUAUUUACGCAUUGUGAAAGAAUUACGCAGUUCACCAUCAGAAGUUCCGUUAACCCGCCAUUUUCAUUGGCCUCUUAAUCGUUUCAUUCAUUCGUUAACUUUUGUGAUUGUUCCUAGAAACUUUUCAUUGAAAAUUCCGGGAAAAUGGCGAGUUCAGAGAAAAGUAUGUGCAUUGUAUGCGGAGUACCAGCAGGAUUAAUGUGUCAGCGGUGUGCAGAACCGUAUUGCAAGGAAGAAUGCCAACGGUUGGAUUGGCAGAGGCACAAAUACUAUUGUAUUGUUAUGCCACCCUUGGUGUCCUACAAACCCCUUCAAAAGUCGCCAAAUUCAAAUGUUCCUCUGGCUGCCAUUUCACCAAAAAGCUCAGUUUCGAUCGAAAAACCAAUUCCAGCUCCUCAGGAUACAGUGGAGUCGACUUCUGUCAUCGUAAAGGAUCAAGAACUCUCAAAAAAUUGGCGCGAUCACAUGUUGCCAAACGGUAAGGAAUUCUUUGAGUGCCGCGUGACCUUCAUGGAGAACGAUGGACCAAUCUGGGUUGUUAACGUGGACGAUAUAGAGAGUAUGGAGUGCAUGACGGAUACCAUGCAGCGCUGCAUGCAAAAUCAGGAGCUGAUUCCCAUGAAAUACGUGAAAAAAAAUACUUUGGUGAUCCUAAACGUAGAAAACAAGGUUCACCGCGGGCACGUUUUGACCGUCAGGAAGAAAAAAAAAGAGGCCGACGUCCAAUUGAUUGACUUCGGGCCGAUAGUGAGCACACUCUUCCAUGAUAUCUACUUAAUUGUUCCGAAAAUGGCGGAGUACAAUGCUUUCGCUUUCCGGGUGAAACUCCCUACGAACACUGGGGUUCAGGUCAAUAAGAACCUGACACUUCGUCUGCUGGGAACCAAAACCCACAACGGUGUUUACCACGUCCAUAUUAAGCCCACGACUACCAUACCACUAAAUCUACCUGUAGAGAUUCUGCAACUGAAUCCGGAGGUUAAAGUGAUCCGAAUCUUUGUGAAAAAUAAAACGUUAAACGAGCCGCAUUGUGCUCUUCUCAAGAUUAAUGCAAUAAGGGAAAUGAACGAUGACUUAAAAGCUUGUUUCACUGGAAAACCAGGACAACAGUUCACCGAGCCUUUUUCAGAAGAGAAGGGUUCGUUCUUUGUGGCCGCCCGCACUGAGGACGGCUUCCGGCGAGCUAUUCUACUGGAUCAUAUCGAGGGGUCCACUCCCAUGUUCUUGGUUUACGAGAUAGACGAAGGUCGGGUGUCUGUAACCACCAAACUCAGUCGCAUUCCCAGCGAGCUACUUGGUCUGCCCAUCCGUGUGUUUGCCGCUGAAAUCAAAGACACUGUUCCAAAGGAACUUGAGACUGAAGGAGCACAACUGUCGGUAAAGUUCAAGACUCCCAACCCGCUUGCAAACGAAAAGUUGCGCACCGCCCAUGCCGCCUUGUUGGCCAACGGUGAGCAGAUUUGUAUGGCCCAAUUGAGCACAUUCUUGGGUCUGAUUUCUGAUUUGGGCCACAAGUUUUGGCGGGAAACCAUCAAUGACUAUACCACAGUAUAUAUAACUCAUGUAGUUACCUACAAGGAAUUGUAUAUAAGCUCUCCGAAGGCUAAAAAAUAUGAAGAAAUCUUUAAGCGUCUAGAAUCAAAGUGCGCUCCUUUCCAGGAGUCCAGCGAGGUAUCCAUUGGCAGUAUCGUACUGGUUAUCUCAAAAGAUAUUAAACCUUUUCGCGGCGAAAUAAUGAGUAUUGAAGAAGAAGACUAUUAUGUGCUGAACAUUGAUACGGGUGUCACCAAAAAGGUGGAAUUAACGGCAAUGCGCAAGUCUUGUCGCUUUCUUGAAAACCUGCCCGUCUACCUGGUGCGUGUCAAGUUGAAUACAGUCUGUAACAUUCCGGAUGCAGCUGUGCCAGUCAACAAUGAUGCCAUUGAUCUGCUGAUCAAGCUCUCCACCACGGAAAAGCUAACCCUAAAAAUUGUAGAUGAGAGUACAUCGACUGUGGACCUGCUAUCCAAUUCCAGUGACCAGCGAUCCUUGGUGGCUCAAAUGAUGCCGUUAUUGUUUACGUCAUUAGAAAAAAACAAUAAAGCUGCUCAGCCAGAAGCACAGAAAGAGUCAGUUAAGAAUUGCGUUGCGCUGCCACUGUCUCCUCCUAAAACUCCUCCUUCUGUGGAGAACAGCAGUAAAACGAUUGAAAAUGCAUCAGCAAAUAUGGCCAAUAAAGAGUCCUUCGAACGAUUUCUUUUCAAUGCUGUACCUAAGAAUCCUGUUGCAUUGGGAGACAAGGUCACCAUUAUCAUUUUAAACGUUAACGAUUUGCCAGAAAAGGGAUUCAUCACUGCUUGUUCCUUUGAGAAUGAAAAGGUGGCCAAGGAAUUUCAGGAUUUGCUUAUUUUGGUAGCCCAGCAUGGAGCGUGCGACGACAAAAGUGUGCCGGGAUAUAUACCGGGUAUUGGUGAAAUGUGCUUGGCCGUCUUCAGCGAAGACAAAAGCUGGUAUCGCGGGGUGUGUCAGGAGGUCAGGGACAAUAAGGCAAAGAUUAUUUACUGUGAUUUUGGUAACUCAGAAUAUGUGGCCUUGGAAAAUCUUAAGCCGAUUCCCGUUGAUCUUCUUGGUUGUGUCUAUGCCACCAAGUGCUAUAUAGAUGGAUUCGACAAAUCAAAGAAUUUAGCCGCGUUAAAGCGUCUCCUUCUGGACGAGGGCAAAAUCUUGUGCGAAGUUAAGAUUGGCCCCGAGCCCGAUACGCGUCUUAUUACGAUUUCCAAUCUGCAGAGUAUACUGAAAACACCAUCUGUUUAGUUUAAAAGGAGUUUCCAAUUUUCAAGAUAAUGACCAAAUAGAUCGUAUUCCUUUUUAUA